AUGGGGUUUGCAGACACUGGAGAGGAAGUCGGCCUACCUAAGCAACACAAUGAACCUCCGGGGAUUUUUCGACGAAGCCUCAAUACGUCUUGUUUGAAUUGUCGAAAACGUAAAGUCAAAUGUGACGCUUCUGAAGGACGUGGAUGCAGCUCAUGCGAGCGAUAUGCAGUCGAAUGCAGGCCCCAUCCAACCCAGAACCAACAGAGACGAUCAAGGAAACGUCAAGUCUAUGAAGCAAAGAGAUCCCACAUCAAUGAAGCGGGUCACAAAAACAAUCAACCUCCCACUACAAGCCAGGACGCUAUUUCUGGGCCCUUUGCUCACUUCCGCACCGAAAAUUUAUCAAAGUUCUUUGAGACUGGUGUUUUAUCCUCCCGGUGGGAAGGAUUUGAAGAAAACGGAACCGUUCGAAAUGUGUACAUCGGCACUGACAUUUCCAACUUGUAUCAUCUUGUUCGAGAUUAUGAGCCCCCUGACAAUAACUACAUCUCAUACCCCUUCCCGGCGAUUCGUGAUGAGCUUCCGUGGAAACCACACCCCGAAUUAUCAGGCCAUCACUACUUGUCUUCUGAAGCUCUGAAUGACUUGAGCAGCCUCCCUAUACCGUCAGUUCGCGAUGCUUUGAUUGAUACCUACUUCAAUGAUAUCCAUCCUGGAUGCCCAAUAAUCGACGAGGCCGACUUUCGUCGACGAAAUGCGGACCCGGAAAACCCCCCCGCCGUUACUGUCGCUACUUCACGUGGAAGCAUAACUGCCGUUCUUUUUCGAAGAGCUAAAACUCUUUUUGAGCUUAAACACGAAAAUGACCGGGUUGAUCUCAUUCAAGCUGCAAUUCUUCUCUCUUCACAUGUCGAAAACUCGGAUAACGUCGCUAGCAAUGCCUACAGUUGGAUUGGCGACGCUGUUCGUACCGCCUUCGGCAUGUCUCUGCAUAGAAGAGCAUCACUCCGUUAUGUACCGUCUCAGCGCAAGGGGUAUCACAGAAAAUAUAAAAAGAUUUGGUGGAUGCUUUUGCAUAGUGAGGUCCUCCUAGCACUUGAACAUGGAAGGCCAUGUAUGAUUCGCCCAGAAGACUUUGACAUUGGGCCCCUUGAGGAUGAUGAUUUCAGCAAUAUGGAUGACUCACAGGAUCAACUCGUUAAUCGUGAUUUCUGUUGUCUUUUGUCUGAAACUUCCAUAGCUGCCUUGGAAGUUGUCCAUGCUCGUGCACCGAGAGCCCAGAACACCGAACUGGGAGUUACGAAAAUUGAGCAAAGCUUGGCCUCAAUAGCACUGAAAAUACCUCUCUGUCACGACUUCUGGUCUUGUCAGCUCCGGAUAACCUACAGUUUGGUUGCAUUGAGCUUUCAUCGGACAAGUCAACAAUUACACGCAUUCAAGCUUUGUUCUGAGGAGGCAUCAAAUAUCCUCACCACUUUCGAGGCUAUGGUCAUGCAGGACACAAUUCGACAGUGUCAUCAAAGCAGCACGGCAGCCUUGAUGGGAGCUGCCAUCCAGUUCUCUCGAGAAGUCAGAGCAGGCAUUGGGGAAGGCUCCAUAAUGAAGUCCAUUUCGGCACAUGGGCAACUGAAAAGACUGCUUGCCCCAGCCAAGAAGCUUUUCCCAUAUUUUACACAGGGCGAAACAAUAUGUAGGCUUUGCGAAAAUCUGCUUAUCCAUGCUGAGGCGAUAAUCAAAGACUUCCAAUUGCAGCAUCUGGCCCAUUCUACAUUGCAUAUUCCCGAGGAGCCCAAUCUCAACUGGGUCGACAUCAUGACGAAUUACUGCAUGCCGGAUAUUGAUAUUGGACUUGAGACGUGCGGCUGGUCAAAUGAUGGACCGUGA